AUGUUUUUUGAGCGUUGUGCAGACGUUCAUCCAUCAGUGAAAUUUCUUGACGAUGAGAACUCACCGGUUAGUCGCACAAGUUUUGAAGCACUUAUUGGAUAUGAUGGCUUUUUUAAUGGUGAUUAUCGUAUGGGAAUGGGCAUACGUGAGGUGCGUUCGGGCAGAGUACGCGAAAUAUGUGGUGGGCUUACAGGUAUUUCAUUGAUUUACUAUUUUAUCGGUUGGAAAUUAUUAUAUUCGCUGCUUAUUGUGAGUAUAAAUAUCGCUGUAAAUUCGAUCAUAAAAGACCGGUAUUUGCCAUUAGUAUCUUUCAUCAUCACAUUCGUUUAUUUGGGAUUUCUUCGAGCUAUACAUCUGAUUGGUUUUCCAGCUCUUGUUUCACAUUCAAAUGCCGUUCAGCUAAUUAUGACAUUAAGACUUAUUGGUCUAAGUUUCGAAAUUGCUGAUAGUAGAAGAAAAGAUGAAAUGAAAUUCGAUCCAAAUAAAACACGGUUCAUUGAACAGCCGUCAUGGUGGCAGGCAUUUUUAUAUUCAUAUAAUUUCCCAGGCCUUUUUACCGGUCCAUAUUAUACAUAUGCUAUGUACCGAGAUGUUGUCGAUAAUGAUAAUAUAAUGGAAAUAUCUGUUUGGGAACAUAUUAAAUGGCGUUUAUAUAAUUUUGCUUGGUCUUUACCUGCUUUUGUUAUGCUUUUAUAUGCUUUCCCACUUCAGAUGAUGCGCGAAGAUGAAUUUUUCGAUGAAACAGUCUAUUAUCGAAUAUCAGUUAGUUUUCUAGUAUUUUUGUGGAUGCGAUGUCGUGUAUAUAGUGCAUGGAUGGUUGCUGAAUCAAUCUGUGUGCUGAAUGGAAUUGGAAUUUAUCCAGAGGAAAGUUGUCCCUCUGCUGGGAAAGGACCCAAUAGAAUUGAUAUUUUAAAAGAACAAAUGAAUAAAAAGGAAACACGGUAUAAUUCGGAAGCAGUACGUAAUUUGGAUAUUUGGUCGAUCGAACUGAAUGCUUCAUUCCGAGGUGGUAUGAGGGCUUGGAACCGUACAGUUCAAUUCUGGCUUGCUAACUAUGUGUAUAAACGUGUGCCGCGAUCUUUUGGAAUGUUACUGACAAUGUCAGUGAGUGCAUUUUGGCAUGGCAUACAUCCGGGUUAUUUCCUAUCCUUUCUCACAGUUCCUCUUUGUACACUGGCAGAGGACAGUAUCCUAUCAUUGGUGCCAAAGGACUGUAAUGGCAAAUUACCGUUUCUGUUCACUGUUUUCUGGUAUUUGGUACGACAACUUGGCUUUGCAUUGAUGGCAUCGGGAUUUCUAUUAUUGACGUGGCGUGAUACGAUUCGUUACUGGAACUCGGUGUAUUUCCACGAGGAGAAUGAUUGGAAGAAAGAGAUGUUUAAGCAGAAAUCGAUCCGAGCUAGGUCAAGGAAGACUGCGAAUUUGAUUAAGGAGAAGGAAGAAUCAUGCGAUAACAGCGGUAGAACGAGAACUAGGAAAUGGACAGAAGUAACAGAUUUCACCAGUGAAACAAAGCAGGACAUUAUUGACGUGGGAAAGAUGUCUGUUAACUUGGGCUACUUUGCCGUACCAAAACGAAAAUAUUUGGCUAAAGCAAUUUCUAAGAAGGAUAGUUUAUCGAUAUAUCCCAUCGCGCAAAAAGUAAUGGAAGCCGCUUCUGGAUCUAAGAAAAUGCUCGGUGCUCAUGUCAGUGUAGCAGGCGGUUUGGAACAAAGUUUCUACAACGCCAUAUCUAUUGGAUGCCGAUCUUUUGCUUUUUUUGUUCGGAAUCAGCGUUCAUGGAAUAGUCCACCGUUGAAAGAUGAAGUGGUGCAUGCGUUUCGUGAAACUGCACAGAAAUUAGAAUUUCCAAUGGAUCAAAUUGUUGUGCACGGGUCAUAUUUGAUAAAUGGUGGUAGUUGUGACAUGGAAAUACUGAAUCGAGCUCGAGCAUGCAUGUUAGAUGAAUGUAAACGAUGUGAGCAGCUCGGUAUCGUCUAUUACAAUAUUCAUCCUGGAUCUACGGCAGGAAAAUGUACACGUGAAGAAUGCAUCAAAACAAUUGCUGCUACUUUGAAUUAUGUUAUGGAUCAUACUGGAUAUAUUACAAUUUUAAUCGAAACGAUGGCUGGACAGGGAAAUACUGUUGGUGGAAAAUUCAAAGAGCUACAACAAAUUAUUAAUUUGGUUAAAAAUAAGAAGCGAGUAGGAGUGUGCCUUGAUACGUGUCAUAUUUUUGCUGCGGGUUAUGAUAUCCGAUCGGAAGACAAGUAUAAAGAAACUUUUACCGAAUUUGAGAAUAAUAUUGGUCUGCAGUAUCUCCGCGCCUUUCACAUCAAUGAUUCGAUGGGUGAUCUUGGUUCGAGAUUGGACCGUCAUGCAAAUAUUGGUAAAGGCAAACUGAAGGUGGCAGCUUUUCGUCAUCUUAUAGCUGAUCCACGCUUUGACGGUAUACCAAUGAUCCUGGAAACACCGGAAGGGGACUAUGCAGAGGAGAUGAUUCGAUUGUACCAUUCGUUGAAUAGCAAACCAGUGAAAGAACAUAAGAAAGACAUCAGAUCAUUCUUUUUAUCCAAGUAG